AUGAAGACUGUUUUUGUUACGGGUGCUACAGGUUUUCUUGGAUGCAAUCUAGUAGAACAAUUAUUAUCGGAUAAAGAAAAUGAUUAUUUAGUCUAUGCAUUAUACAGAUCAUCAAAAAAAGUUGGAGAAUUAAAAUCAAUAGCAAAAAUACUCAAUAAACAAGAUAAUUUAAAAUUAGUCAAAGGUGAUAUAUCCAACUAUGAGUCAUUAUUAAAUGCAAUUCCAGAUAACUGCACAUUCUUAUUUCAUUUAGCAGCAGCAAUUGAUAGUGAUUCACCAGAAAAACAAUAUGAAAUCAAUGUUAAUGGUACAGCAAAUGUAAUUGAAGCAUGCAUUUCGAGAAAAGUUCAAAGAUUAAUUUAUACAUCAUCUAUUGCCACAUUUGAUUUCGAUGAUGUUUUUAGUAUCAAUGAAUUAACAUCGAAAAAGAAUUUCCCACGAUUAGAAUAUGCUCGUACUAAAAGAAUUGCGGAACUAUAUGUAGACGAAGCAAUGCGUAGAGGUUUAGAUGUAGUUGUAGUAUCACCAGGUUUUAUUAUUGGUAGAUAUGAUGAGUUUGGUGUAGGUUCAAUUAUUUUAAUGAUUGCAAACGAGUCAUCAUCAAGUAUAAGAUGCGGUCAAGCAAAAGCUACUUUUUGUUCUGCUGAAGAUUGCGCUAGAGCCCAUAUUAAAGCUGCUGAAGUAGCUAAACCAGGCACAGAGUUUGUAAUUGGAGGUAAUGCAUACUAUUGGAAAGAAUUAUACGAACAAGUUUUAUUCCAGUUAAACAUUGAAAAACAUGUCCAAGUUACUUCACCACUAUCAUUGGUUUUAAUUGGUAAAAAGAAUGAUCUAUUUAAAAAUUGGUUUGGAAGUAAAAACACAAUGAUUAAACCCAUAUCAUCUGAAGCAAUCGAUCCAACUUCACCAAACUCAAUAUUAUCUGCAAGUAGUACCAAAGCUUCAAAAUCCAACCCAUCUCCUGCACCUUAUCUUACAAUGGUUUUGGCUAUUUUUCAAUCAAUCGAUCUCAAUAUAGAUUCUACACGAGCAAUUGAAAAACUAAACUAUAAAUAUUCAACUUUAGAAUUUAUGAUAAAUGAUAAUAUCAAAUGGUUAAAAAAAAGAAAUUUAUUAUAAAUAAUAUAAUAUAAAAAAUAAACAAAACAAUAGAUAAUAGAAUAAUAAAUAGAAUAAAAUAAAUAUAAAACUAGCUUUUAAUCUC